CCCCCGACACUGGGCAAUGGCGAGGCUGUAAAAAAAACCUCCGGCAACUGGAGAACAGCAAAUGGUGGAAAUCUGACAUAAAACCCGAACAUUCCGGAAUUGCACAGUUGGUCAGACAGCAUUUAUGAGGAGUGAAACCGAAUUUACCAAUGCUUGAAGAAAAGUAAUCAAGCUGAAAGAUCAAAAAGCUGGCAGGCUGACGUGGGCAGGCAUCCACUUACAGGACGGACUUUCUGGCAACUGACCAUUUUGCUUUGGCAUACCCGGACCUCGUGUACGUGGGAUAUCGACAAUGAGCUCUGUAGCCGUACUGACAGCUGAAAGCUUUGCUGAGCACAGAAGUGGCCUUGAUGAGAAACAGGUCAAAGCAAGUGUUGGCUCUGAAGAUGAGACUGAUUUGGUACCAACUUACAAGGAAGCAUUUCCUCCUCUCCCAGAGAAAGCUGCUUCUGGAGAUGCCACAGCAGAACCAUCUGGAGCAUGGACCAAAAUUCGACCACUUAAAUCUUCUCUCAUCACCCAGGUUUUUCAUGUGCCAUUAGAAGAGCGCAAGUAUAAGGAAAUUAACCAAUUUGGAGAGGGAGACCAGGCAAAAAUUUGUCUGGAUAUCAUGCAGAAGACUGCUGCGCACAUUGAACUCUCAUUGGCCAAGGACCAAGGUCUUUCCAUCAUGGUUUCUGGAAAGCUUGAAGCUGUCAUGAAAGCAAGGAAGGAGAUUGUUGCUAAGCUGCAGACCCAGGCCUCAGCAACAGUAGCCAUUCCCAAAGAACAUCAUCGUUUUGUGAUUGGAAAGAGUGGAGAGAAACUGCAGGAGUUGGAACUGAAAACGGCGACUAAGAUCCAGAUUCCUCGUCCUGAAGACCCCAGCAACCAGAUUAAAAUAACCGGCACAAAAGAAGGCAUUGAGAAAGCGCGUCAUGAAAUCUUGCUGAUCUCUGCUGAACAGGAUAAGCGGGCAGUCGAGCGGAUUAACAUUGAAAAAGUCUAUCACCCGUUUAUUGCUGGACCAUUUAAUAAGGUUUCUGGGGAGCUGAUGCAGGAGACUGGGACUCGCAUCAAUAUUCCACCACCAAGUGUCAUGAAGAAUGAGAUUGUUAUCACCGGUGAGAAAGAACAGGUUGCACAAGCUGUUACCCGUAUCAAGAUGAUCUACGAGGAUAAGAAAAGCAAAACCACAACGAUUGCAGUGGAGGUGAAGAAGUCUCAACACAAGUAUGUUAUUGGACCCAAAGGCAACUCAUUGCAGGAGAUUUUGGAACGGACUGGAGUCUCGGUUGAAAUCCCACCCUCUGAUAGCAACUCUGAAACUGUCAUCCUUCGUGGAGAACCCGAUAAACUCGGGCAGGCUCUGACUGAAGUCUAUGCUAAAGCAAAUAGUUUUACAGUAGCAAGUGUUUCUGCCCCAUCUUGGCUACAUCGCUUCAUAAUUGGAAAGAAAGGUCAGAAUCUGAGUCGCAUCACACAGCAAAUGCCAAAGCAGGUGUAUAUUGAAUUCACUGAUGGUGAAGAUAAGAUUUGUUUGGAAGGCCCAACCAAGGAGGUGAAACUAGUCCAAGAGCAAAUUGAAAUUGUUGUACAGGACCUGGUUAAUCGUAUGGACUAUACUGAAUUGACAGUUGAUCCCAAGUUUCAUCGCCACCUUAUUGGGAAGAAUGGAACAAACAUAAAUCGCAUUAAGGAUCAGUACAAAGUCUUGGUGCGAAUCCCCCCUGAUAACGAGAAAAGCAACUUGAUCCGUAUUGAAGGUGACCCUCAAGGAGUUCAAGAUGCCAAGAAGGAACUGUUGGAGCUUGCAUCCAGAAUGGAAAAUGAACGUACCAAGGAUUUGAUUAUUGAGCAUCGUUUCCAUCGUACAAUCAUUGGCCAAAAGGGAGAGAAGGUCAAAGAGAUUCGUGACAAGUUCCCGGAGGUCAUAAUUAAUUUCCCAGAUCCAAAUCAAAAGAGUGACAUUGUGCAACUGCGUGGUCCCAAAAAUGAAGUGGAGAAGUGUGCCAAGUUCCUGAGUAAAAUUGUGGCUGAACUUGUGGAAAACAGCUUUUCUGUCUCGGUGCCAAUCUUCAAGCAGUUUCACAAGAAUAUAAUUGGAAAAGGAGGAGCAAAUAUUAAGAAGAUUCGUGAAGAAACUAAUACAAAGAUUGAUCUGCCUGCGGAGAACAGCAACUCCGAAAUGAUUGUUAUCACAGGAAAGAAAUCCAACUGUGAGGUGGCUCGUACCAGGAUCCUGGCCAUCCAGAAGGAGCUGGCAAACAUCACGGAGGUCGAAGUUUCUAUUCCGGCUAAACUCCACAAUUCCCUGAUUGGUGCGAAGGGGCGUUUUGUCCGCUCCAUCAUGGAAGAGUGUGGAGGUGUACACAUCCACUUUCCCACUGAAGGCUCGGGUAGUGAGACAGUCACUAUCAGAGGAUCUACAGAGGAGGUUGACAAGGCCAAGAAGCAGCUGCUCCACCUUGCUGAGGAAAAGCAAAUCAAGAACCAUACCUGUGAACUGCGUGCCAAGCCAGAAUACCACAAGUUUUUGAUUGGGCGAGGUGGAGCCAACAUCCGUAAGGUGCGGGAUAACACGGGAGCUCGGAUCAUUUUCCCAAUGGCAGAUGACAAGGAACAAGAGCUGAUCACUAUUGUUGGUACAGAGGAAGCUGUCGCAGAGGCUCAGAAGGAACUGGAAAUCCUCAUUAAAAACCUGGAUGACGUUAUCGAGGAUGCAAUGACAGUUGACCCCAAGCAUCACCGGUACUUUGUGAUCCGCCGGGGCCAGGUCUUGCGUGACAUUGCCGAUGAAUAUGGUGGCGUGAUGGUCAGCUUCCCUCGCACUGGAACACAAAGUGACAAAGUAACACUGAAGGGCGCCAAGGAUUGUGUGGAGGCUGCCAAAAAACGCAUGCAGGAGAUCGUUGAGGAUCUGGAAGCUCAGGUAACCAUGGAGUGUGUAAUUACGCAGAAGUUUCACCGAAUAGUGAUGGGUGCUAAAGGCUUGAAGGUGCAGCAGAUUACAAAGGACCACAGUGUGCUGAUUAAAUUCCCUGAACGUGAGGAACCUCAAGCAGCCGAGCAACAAGUCCAUGAGAAUGGAGAGACCAAUGGUGAAGUGAAGGAGGUUGAUCCCUCUGUGCCCCGGAAAAAUGACAUCAUUAUCAUCUCUGGGCGGAAGGAACGGUGUGAGGCAGCGAGAGAUGCUUUGCUGGCACUGGUUCCUGUCUCCAUUGAAGUGGGCGUACCCUAUGAUCUGCAUCGUUACAUCAUUGGCCAGAAGGGAAGUGGUAUACGCAAGAUGAUGGAAGAGUACGAGGUGAACAUUGCUGUUCCUCCUCAUGAGGACCAGUCUGACAUUAUUAAAAUCACCGGGCUGGCAUCUCACCUGGACCGAGCCCGAGAGGGGUUGCUUGAGCGUGUGAAGGAGCUGCAGAUGGAGCAGGAGGACCGGGCAUUGAGAAGUUUCAAGUUGACUAUCUCUGUGGAUCCACGCUAUCACCCAAAGAUUAUUGGAAGGAAGGGUGCAGUGAUUACCCAGAUUCGUAUUGAUCAUGAUGUGAAUGUACAGUUCCCUGACAAGAAUGAUGAAAAUCAGGAUCAGAUAACUAUUAUCGGUUAUGAGAAAAAUACGGAAGCUGCCAAGAAAGCCAUCAUGAAAAUAGUUUCUGAGCUGGAGGAAAUGAUUUCCGAGGAUGUUGCACUCAACCACAAAGUUCAUGCCCGUAUCAUUGGUGCCCGUGGGAAAGGCAUCCGCAAAAUCAUGGAGGACUUCAAGGUUGACAUCCGCUUUCCUCAGCCUGGGGCAGAGGACAUGGACCGCGUCACGGUGACCGGUCUGCCUGAGAACGUGGAUGAGGCUAUUGACCAUCUCUUAAACCUGGAGGAGGAAUAUAUGUCGGAUGUUGUUGAGAAUGAGGCAAUGCAGGCAUACCUGAAGCCAGCAUCCCGUGUGGAUGAACCAAAAGCCUCUUCCAAGGGCUUUGUGGUGAGAGAUGCUCCGUGGACUAGCGGCACAGAAAAGGCUCCAGACAUGAGUAGCUCUGAAGAUUUCCCAAGUUUUGGUGCCCCGGUUGCUCCAAAGACUUCGCCUUGGGGACCGAAGAGAUUCUGAGUUGGAAAAAGCUAUUUUCCCUUCCCCUCCCAACUCCAUACAGCUGGGCUACCAAGAUGUGCUUCCUGUUUAAUUCCAAUUCAGCAGCCUAGCAAGUAAUUAGUAUAGCCAAAACAACUUCCUGUGUCAAGUUUUCCAAGAACACAAGCAGCAUGAUUAUAGGUCAGACCUGUGAGCCACACUUAUACUUGUGUAAUGGUGACUCUUGCACCCACAGCAUUCCACAUAUCCUGACACGCACAACUCAAGUUGAAACUGCCCGGUGCUGACUUGCUUUGACAUGAUUUUCACACUUAGCAGCCCAAAUUGCAUCUCUGCACCCAACAUACAACUUUGCUCUGCAGUUAUUUUUGGAGCUGAAUUGACAUUUACAGGGGUUUGAAGCAAAGACUGGGUGGGUUGUAGUCUCCUCUUUGCCCCUGGAGCCAGCAUCCUUUUCCCUGCCUUUGCAGUUUUCCUUAGAGUGCAGUCACUUUAAUCCUUCACUGCCUGUUGCUUUGGAGCCCCGAGUCUGUUAUUACACCUGUGCUUGGGAUGUACCUGUAAUUCUGACAGUAUUUGGGAAUGAUGGUGAAAACCCAAAUCCUAAAUUGGCCUUGUUAAUGCCAAUCUCGUAGUCCUCCUUAAGCCAUUGAUACAAGACCACUUCAAAGUUCAUGGUCUCUUUGUGGCUUCCUCUCUUCCUUGAGAGAAGGCUGUUGUUCACACUGUGAUGUUGCUUUGUCCAAAAAAAAAAAAUAGUGGCUGAAAAACUCCUAAGCACAGAGUGUAAAUGGAACUUGAGGGUCAGUAGUGGAUGAGUACCAAGGGGAUUUAAAAUUAUCAAAUCAAGCCAAAUUAAAUCACUUCAACUAUUCCACUGCCAAAGACUCGGCUGACUGUCCAUUUGCAAAUGGAUCAAAGCUAGAGCAGUGACUGACAAACUAUCAUGAAGGAUGAGUCCUUAAUUACCUACCCUGGAGGGGUGUGUUUAUCUCCCCAAGUUUGCUCCUGGUAGCGUAGAUUUCCUUUUGUAUGUAAAGAAUUGGUUAUGUGAAGUAAACACAAAACAAAUUAGAAUGAUGAUGUUUUGCCUACCCUCUGCUUUGCUUAGUGUUUCUGUACAGUUUUCGUGUAUAGAAAAGACACUAAAUUAUUAGAAUUCUGUGCUUGUGUGUAAAUAUUAUACAUAUCUCAUUGACUUUGGGCCAGUCAGUGCAGUUGUUCCAAAGAGCUUGGGAAGGGUGAGAUGUACAUUCUCAAGACAGAAUGUAUAAAAUCUACUACUUGCAUUUGGAUGCAACAAUCUCAUUCAGGGGAAAGUGGUUCUAAAGUUUCCUUGUGCAGGUGUGGACUGCCAAAGUCAGUUUAAAAUAAAAACUGGGGAGUUGAUCAGGUCUCCCCCAACACUACAAAUUCAAGGCCAACACUGUCAGGUUGCUAACCAUCUUUGCUGGAUUUCUGCUCCUAAUAAACAGCGUGCAGUCUGGUUAACGCCCGCACAGUUUGAUCAACCCUUAUCCAUGGUAGAUAAUCCAGAGGUUGGCAGGAGAGGGGGAGGAGUGGAGACGGGAGAGUGAACCACAGUCUGCAAAGAAUAUUUUGUAGCUUGAGAGAUGUUGCCCACCAACUUUAAUGGUGGACAGGGGUCCUUGUUGCCUGAACAAAGAGGGUGGGUAUAGUUUUCAUUUGGGGUCAGUUGGUUUUAGAAACUGAACUUGCUGAGAUCCAAAAGUAGAUAAUGUACUUAACAAAAACACUAAGGCAUUGGGUAUGAGGUGAUUUGAUUAAACUUUCUCUCUGCCAUAACAGGUUCUCUGCAAUCUCUCUUCUUUGUGAUUGAGGCCUUUGCAUCAGAACCUGCAUCCCAAGAAGUAAAAACUUUUGCUGCGGCAGUUUCCAGGUUAAUUGUCCGCACCUUUUCUGUCAACUUACAAAGAGAAACUUGGCCUCUUUGAGUUUCUCUUGUUCUUAACAGAAUCUGAAUAUUGCUUCCCAAUCUUUAGAUUUUGGAGGAGAGAUUAUGUACUCUAAGUUUGUCAAUUCCUGGUUGUGGAUUUAACUGUCAAGUUUAUAAAACAUUCCUGUCAUAAUUCUGGGAAAGAAAAAUUCACCCUUUAACUUUGCGCCCUUGCUGCAGCUCCAAUGCUGGAUAUGCUUGGAGACAAGGCAGCAAUUAAUUGAUAUUUGAGUGAGUAAUGAGUUGUCCUCGUGGCUCCAUUAUGCUCCCCCCUCACACCCAAUCUGAUUAUCUCGUUGGCACUUUAAACUCAAGGUGAGACUAUACUCAGUUGUGCAAGUGCAUAUCUUGUUGAUGUUUUGAUUUACCUGGGGUUAAAAGAAAAUUUGCCUUUUCUUUUUGAAACGUGCUAAUCUUCUCGGGGGCUUCUGUGCAUUUCCCUGGCACAGGCUGAGAACAAUGGUUAAGACUGCCUUUUUCUCAAGUGGACCUGAAACACCAAGCUGUGUAUUUGGUACCAUGUUCUCUCGCAGAAUGCAGCUCGGCCAGUGUUGUCAGCCUGACAACACAAUAGAUUCCAUGCACUUUCCAAGUUCAUGUCCAAGCAUUAGGUGCCAUGUCCUUUUUUCCCAUUUCGGUCCAUUUUGCUCAAACCAUUAAUGUUCAACAUCCCAUUAUUCUGUCCUCUGUUAAUCCCUGUCCUACUGAUAUAAUGAAGGAUUUGAGAAUCGGGCCUGUUUUCACUACUCACACUUGUUCAAGUCUUCCAUGUUGAUGCAAUACAAAGAACAAGCAGUUUCCAUGUAAGACCCAUUGGCCUUAACUCUGAAUGGAGAUAUGCAAAUGUACAGGAGAUAUGGAUGACACUGGAAUUUUAUAAAUCCAAAAUAAAAAAAUUGAAUAACUAGUA